AUGCCCGACAAGAUACUUGACGACAUUUCCCACAGGAGAUACAAUCCUCUUACCGACAGUUGGCUACUUGUCUCGCCGCAUCGGACCAAGCGACCCUGGCAAGGAGCCCAAGAAGCUGCAGUUGCCAAUACUUUGCCCGAAUAUGAUCCCAAGUGCUAUCUGUGUCCUGGAAAUACUCGUGCUUCAGGUGACACAAAUCCCAACUACGGCAAGACGUUCGCCUUCGUCAAUGAUUACAGCGCCGUGAAAGAGCAACAGCCAGACUAUGUGCCUGACACUAAACCCAACGAUCUGGAGUCGAUGCUCUUGAGAGCCCAGGGCGUCAAGGGCGUCUGCUAUGUUCUCACCUUCUCGCCAAAACACCACCUCACUCUAGCAGACAUGCCUGCCCCAGACAUUCUGCCCGUCAUCGAGCACUGGACCCGCAUUUACGGCAACCACAUUGCCUCCUCGAACCCCUUGGCAAAGCUUGCCGAAAAGCUGGAAAUAUCCUUGUCAAGGGAUGAAGCACCCAUCCCCAAAGAUGAGUACCGUUACAUGCAGAUCUUCGAGAACAAGGGCUCUGCCAUGGGUUGUUCAAAUCCCCAUCCCCAUUGCCAAGUGUGGGCGACAAACACCAUGCCCGAGGAGCCUGCAAAAGAGCUCGCCCAUAUGACCAAAUACCGUGCGAACAAUGGCGGUCGACACUUGCUGGAAGAUUAUGUUCAGUUGGAGCUUGUCAAGGAGGAGCGCGUCCUCUGGCAAAACAAGUCGUUUGUAGUGGUAUGCCCCUGGUGGGCGGUCUGGCCAUUCGAGACACUCAUCCUUCCCAAGAGACAUAUACGAUCCUUGGUGGACUUUGAGGCCGAGGAGAGGCUGCAGUUUGUCGAAGCCAUACACGAGGUCACAAGGCGUUAUGAUAAUCUCUUCGAGUGCAGUUUCCCGUACAGUUCGGGAAUUCACCAGGCGCCGCUUCAGGGAACAAAGGAGGAGAUUGAAAAUUCGUACUUUCACAUGCACUUCUACCCGCCCCUGCUGCGUUCUGCAACGGUCAAAAAAUUCCUCGUUGGAUACGAGCUCAUGGCUGAGCCGCAAAGAGACAUCACUCCCGAACAGGCGACGGCUCGUCUGCGAGAUUGCGGCGGGGAUUUAUACAGGAAAAGCUUAGCGUGA